AUGCUGGGUUCCUUACCUAUACUUCCACUUCCGGCACCUCCUGCUGAUGGAGAUCUUGGCCCGACACCCCUUGCUCAAGUGACUGAGGACUCAAAUAAUGAGGUAAAUGAAGACCUGGAUAAAGAUAAUGAUAAAUCGACCCCAACUCCAGCAUCGGUAGCAACCCAUACGAGGACAAUCGGGAUUAUAUACCCACCUCCAGACAUCAGAAAUAUUGUAGACAAAACUGCUCAGUUUGUGGCUAAGAAUGGGCCAGAGUUUGAGAAAAGGAUUAUUGCAAACAAUGAAGGAAAUGCAAAAUUUAACUUUUUACGUGCCUCUGAUCCCUACCAUGCUUAUUAUCAGCAUCGUCUGUCUGAAGCCCGAGCACAGAAUCAAUCUUCUGGCCAGCAGCAGCCGCUUGAGGCGGCUGAGCCUGCUCCUGAGUCAGCCUCUACUGCUCCCACUGCCGACGCAAAUGAUGUUUCAUCUAAGCCUGAUCCUUCAGCCCAAUUCCGUCCUGUUCGUAAGGUGCUUGAGCCGCCAGAGGCAGAGCAAUACACUGUUCGGCUUCCUGAAGGGAUUACUGGGGAGGAGUUGGAUAUAAUUAAGCUCACUGCUCAGUUUGUGGCCCGUAAUGGAAAGUCAUUUUUGACUGGUUUGACUAGCAGAGAGAGCACGAAUCCUCAGUUCCAUUUUAUGAGGCCGACACACAGUAUGUUCAUGUUCUUUACAUCACUCGCAGAUGCUUACUCGAAAGUUUUGAUGCCUCCUAAAGGGUUGACAGAUAAGCUCAGAAAUAGUGUUGCUGAUAUGACGACUGUACUCGAGCGUUGCUUGCAUCGCCUUGAAUGGGAACGGUCGCAAGAGCAAGCGAGGCAGAAAGCUGAAGACGAGAUAGAGCAGGAGCGACUGCAGAUGGCCAUGAUUGAUUGGCACGAUUUUGUUGUGGUUACGUCAAUAGAUUUCGCUGAUGACGAGGACGAUGAUUUACCUCCUCCAAUGACGCUCGAAGAAGUGAUAAGGAGAAGCAAGAUGUCUGCUAUGGAAGAAGAUAUUGUUGAACCUGAAAAGGAGGUAGAAAUGGAGAUGGAUGAAGAGGAGGUCCAACUCGUUGAGGAGGGUAUGAGGGCCGCAAACCUGGAAGAGAAUGGUGAUAUGAAGAAUAAAGAGGCCAGGGCAACGCCUGAAGAAGAACCACCCAUGAGAAUUGUGAAAAACUGGAAGAGACCCGAGGAGAGAAUCCCGGCCGAAAGAGAUCCCACUAAGUUUGUUGUCUCCCCAAUUACCGGAGAGCUUAUUCGCAUCGAUGAAAUGUCUGAACACAUGAGAAUUUCUCUUAUCGACCCCAAGUUUAAGGAGCAGAAGGAGAGGAUGUUUGCUAAGAUCAGAGAGACGACCCUCGCUGCAGAUGACGAGAUUUCUAGGAAUAUCAUGGGACUUGCCAGAACCCGGCCUGAUAUUUUUGGGACUACAGAGGAAGAAGUGUCGAACGCUGUCAUGGCUGAGAUAGAAAAGAAGAAAGAUGAGCAACCAAAGCAGGUAAUAUGGGAUGGUCACACGGGAAGUAUCGGCCGAACCGCUAGCCAGGCAAUGUCUCAGAACACGGGUGUCGAGGACAUGAAUGAUGCUUUGAACAAUGACGGUAGGAGCCUCCCGGGUCCUGCACCUCCUCCUCCUAAGCCUGGUAUGCCAUCAAUUAGGCCACUGCCUCCACCUCCUGGUCUUGCCUUGAAUAUUCCUAGACCUUCUACAUUACUCCAGUAUCCCAAUCCAGCCGGUCCUGGUGUUAUUGCACCACCACCUCCUGGCCCUCCAGUUGUCGGUAUGGUUACUCCUAUACGGCCAUCACCUCCAAUGCCAGUGAUGCAUGGACAGCAUCUUAUGGCAAACCAUCUUCCGAUGCAGCCAAAUCCUAUUAUUCCACCACCUCCCGGAGCACAGUUUAACCCUUUGGCAGGUCCGAGGCCCUUUAUUCAUAUGUCCCAACCAGGCAUGCCUAUGGUUCCUCCACCACCGAUGCCUCAAGGCAUGAUGCCACCUCCUCCACCCGAGGAGGCGCCUCCACCACUGCCUGAAGAACCAGAGCCUAAGAAGCAAAAACUUGAUGACUCUGCUUUUAUUCCUGAAGAUCAAUUCCUGGCACAACAUUUGGGUCCUUCUCGUAUCAGUAUAUCUGUGCCGAAUAUUGAUGAAGGAAAUCUGAAGGGGCAGGUACUGGAGAUAACUGUCCAAUCCUUGUCUGAAACAGUUGGCAGUUUGAAAGAGAAAAUUGCGGGCGAGAUCCAGCUUCCUGCAAACAAACAGAAGCUGAGUGGGAAGGCAGGCUUCCUCAAGGACAAUUUAUCACUUGCUCAUUACAAUGUUGGACCUGGAGAUACAUUAUCUCUUUCACUUAGGGAACGUGGCGGUAGAAAGAGAUAA